UAUCUUUCCUCGCCGAGCUGCUGAAGCGGUUCGUGUAUUGAGUUGCGGAGAGGAGGUUGGUGAAAUCAGAGAGCAAGCAGCUAGCGGGAGCUCGUUGGUCUCAUCGAUGGCGAGCAUCUCGGCCGCCCUCGCCAUCUCGCAACCUCCAAUCCUCUCCUUUGCCCGCACUUCUCUCACCUCCACACCACCAUUCAAGAGGACAUUGGGAUUUCCACUCAAGUGCUGGGCGCGGCAUUCUCCUGAGGUGGAUGAGGAGACGUCAAAGAAGACUUCCCUUUGGGGCAUUUCUACAUCCACUUGGCGCGCGGGUCUUGGAACGCUUGGGUUCCUUGAGACCGGGUAUCUUACCUACUUGAAACUCACAGAUUCUGAAGCCUUCUGCCCUGUCGGAGGCGGCAGCUGCAGCGACGUCCUUAACAGCGACUACUCCUCUGUCUUCGGUGUUCCUCUUCCGCUGGUUGGCAUGCUUGCAUAUGGAUUGGUUGCAUUGCUUUCUCUGCAGCAGACUGGGAAGCAUUUGCUCAAUGAACUUGGUGAAACUGAUAUACGCUUGAUUUUACUUGGGACGACUACCUCGAUGGCAACAGCAAGUGCUUAUUUUCUGUAUCUUCUAAGCACAACAUUUGCUGGAACAUCUUGUUCAUACUGUCUGAUCUCAGCUAUUCUGUCUUUCAUCUUAUUUUUCAUUACUGUCAAGGACUUUGAUCUGGAAGAAAUCCAAAAGGUGGUGGGUUUACAGUUGGUUAUUGCCGGCAUAGUUGUUACCAUUUUAACAAAUUCAUAUACAACAGCUACUCAACAGUUUUCUGGCUCAAAUGACAUUACUCUUGAACCAUAUGAAACUAAGAUAACAAACAGAUCAAGUCCAUUUGCUCUAUCUCUUGCAAAACACCUGCACUCCAUAGGUGCUAAGAUGUAUGGAGCUUUCUGGUGCUCUCACUGUAAUGAACAGAAGCAGAUGUUUGGGCGCGAGGCUGCAAAAAUAUUGGACUAUGUUGAGUGCUUCCCCAAUGGAGCUGGGAAAGGAAGAAAAAUGGCGAAGGAAUGUAGCGUUGUUGGUAUUGAAGGCUUCCCGACGUGGGUAUUAAAAGACAAGGUUUUAAGUGGGGAGCAGGAAUUACCAGCUCUGGCAGAAGCAUCUGGAUUUAUUCUUGAAGAUUUUCAUCCUUCUUAAGCCUUGAACCAAGCCAUGGAGAAAUAUUCACGAGCAAAACAGUUGAGAUCCACCUUAGGAAGCAAGCAUGUGAUUGUUUGUAGCCUUAUUGCCUUCCGGGGCACGAUUCAGCUCAAAGAUAUAAAAAUUUUGGCUGGUUUUUGUUAAUCCUCAGUAGAUAAUUGUUUAUAAGAAAAUCGAAGUACAAAGCUACAAUAGCAUUCCUUGAUCCAAGGAGAAUACUGUACUGUUCUUAGGCUGUGGAAGUUUGAAAUUGCGCCUGUAUAGAAAGAAUUCAGUGUCUAAUGAUGUAUGCCUGGCUAAAUAUUAUUGAGAAUGUAAUCUGUAGCCUGAACAAUAAGACAUCAAUGCUUUGCAGUCCCCAUAUCGCAAAGAUGUGUUUUUUUUU